AUGAAACGCUGCUUUGGGGUUGGUUGGCCUGUUCUUUUAAGUCAAUCAGAUAAUCCUAAGCGUAAAUUGCCCUAUACCUUAGAAUUUUCACAUAAUGGAGCGUCCUGGAUUUGUGUCCAUCCUGCAUCUGCCAAUCAACUUGUUGAAAUGGCAUUAAAGAAAAAAAUGGUUGAGCCAUUAGCAAGUUAUACAACUUAUCGGCGGGAAGUCCGAUAUGGUCAGGAGCAAAGCAGGAUUGAUUUUUUACUUGAGGGUAAAGGAGGGGCCUGUUGUUAUGUUGAAGUCAAAAGCGUUUCGAUGAUUGACGAUACGGGACGUUUUGCUAUUUUUCCGGAUUCUAUAUCAAAGCGAGGUCAGAAGCAUUUACGUGAGCUGAUGUAUUGUGUUGAGAAAGGUAGCUCAGCAGCAGCCUUGUUUGUGAUUCAACGUACAGAUAUAGAGAUGUUUCGUGCAGCUCAAGAGAUUGACUCUGAGUAUGCUAAGUUGCUGCUUGAGGCUAAAGACUUGGGGGUUCAGUUUUAUGCUUACCAGACAACAGGAGAUCCAUUUGCAUAUGAACUUCAAACACCACUAAAGAUUCAGUUUUAG